UUUGACAUCAUGUGUGUACUGUCUCUUUAAGACAGUGGGUCACCUGGGACCGGGACAGGUGUGAGUUGCUGUAACAAUCAUGUUUCACCGAGACCGGCGGAAGGGUUUCUGUCUCUUCCUCCAGCAUGACCGCGACCCCCCCUGCAGAGCCGGGUCAGAGUCAGGACGGGAUGUCUGACUCACUCCUGCUCUGCGCGCGGCGGAGCUCGAGCUCUCACGCCAACUCCAUCGUCAGUGACGUCUGCGUCACGUGUCCGUCUCUUCCCUCGGCACGUCCGUCGUAUUUUCCUCCCCUCCACUGCCUGCUUUAACACCGAGAGCCACUCGAAAUAAACAAGCGCAAAAAAACAAGGGGGCCGUCGUGGGGACCGGUGUGGCUCCGGUGUCACGUUUAUCACCAGCCGAUGGACCGAGGGGGCUCCAGCCUAUAAGUUACCAUCAGCGAAGCCCGAACCUCCCGUCAGUCUCGGGCUCCGCUCAGUCCAUAUCAUUGUAAACUUUCUCAAAUCCUCCGCCGCAUACACCGAGCCCCAACAGAGCGAGGUUUUCCCUCAAAGUUGCAGUAGGAACUACAAGCGGACCUAUGGACACAUACUAUUGUCCUCCUUCCCCCAUGCCUGGACUAUAGUUAACCAGAGAACGACCCAUAUUCUCACUCACACCCCAUUCUCAGCCAUUUGACUGGCCCUCCCCACCCUGUGGUCACACCAUGGCGAGCAAGAGGAAGUCUACUACGCCUUGUAUGAUCCCCAGCAAGAUCAUACGUCCAGUAGAGGAGGCUGAACGGGACUCUCCUGUUCUUCUUCAUCAAUCAAGGAUUUCUAGCGGACAUAGCCCCUUCGACCCUGGAGAGUCUUCCAAACCAGAGGCAGGGGAUGUUGUCAAAGAUGGUACGGGCACUUAUACCUGUAAGCCUUGUAACUUUGAAACCCAUGACCUUAACUUGUUCUUGGAUCACGUGUACUCCGGGCACCCAGACUUCCGUGCAGACCCCAGCUUCUUUUGUGUGAGCUGUGGGGUUUCUGCGCCCAAGUUUGAGGGGCUGGCCCUGCAUAAUGCCAGGGUUCACCCCAGCACAUUGAACACAACUCUGCAGCUGAAGAAGAGGGACAGGAGAGUAGUGGUGGAGCAGAAUCUGGUGCCUGGGGCAGAGGCAGGGAAGGAUAGUGAGAUUUCUAUCACCAAAACCCCAAUUAUGAGGAUGCUGAAGGGCAAAUCUGAACCGAAACGGAUAGUGGUCUCUCAUCCAGUCUCUGACGAUGGUCCUUCAGAGCCACACUCUAUAUCUGCCUCUAGAGAGACUGAGAGAAAAGAGGCUACUGCAGUGACAGUCACCCAUGUUCCCACUAUUGUCCACAAUGGAACGACCAAGGUCACUCUGCCCCCAGGGAUCCAGAUUGUGAAUGGUUCUGGAUCAUUACCACUGCUGAAGACUCCAAUCACACAGGUGGUAUCAGUUGUUCAAAGCAAAAGCCUUCAUCAAUCUGCACCAAUUACAGCCUCCCCAAAUAUUUCAUCCAAUUCCUCAUCUUCUUCCUCAAAAAAUCUCCCCAAGGUGAUGAUUCCUCUAAGCAGCAUCCCUACCUACAGUGCCUCCAUGGAUUCUUCUUCCUUCUUAAAGACUUCCUUCAGUAAGUUCCCAUACCCCACAAAGGCUGAGCUCUGCUACCUGACUGUGGUCACAAAGUUCCCCGAAGAGCAGAUCAAGAUCUGGUUCACAGCCCAGAGACUUAAACAGGGCAUCAGUUGGUCUCCGGAGGAGAUCGAGGAAGCCAGGAGGAAGAUGUUCAACACCAUCAUCCAGACUGCACCCUCUAGCUCACAGAACCAGGCCCAGAGGCACCGUAGCCCAGCCCAUCACACAAUCACAGUCCUGCCUGCCUCACUGGGAGCUACUGGGAUCCCUCAAUUCCUGCAGGGCUCUCUUGUGAGCCAAGGAGGGGUAAUUGUAACACAGCCUGUGGUUGCAAACGGUAUCCAGGUUAGCAGUGCUCCAGUGGCCCUAGCGGUCACACCAAAGCCGCAGGCAGCAGCACGCCCCAUGAUGCAGGCCCGACCUGCUGCAGCCCUGGUGGCAGAUAAAGGUAUUAGCAUGGUGGUGGGGACAGUAGGCAGCAGCAUUACUGGGAGCAACAUCAUCAGCAGCAGUAGUAGUAGUAGUAGUAGUAGUAGUAGUCGGAUUGGGGGAGGAGGCACUGGUGGUAUUAUUACUAGCAGUGAAGCUAGUGUCAUCAACCUUAGUCUAGGAAGCAGUAAUCAUAAUUAUGCUAAGGCGAGCAGUGUCAAUGGAAAACACAGCAGUGCUAAUGCGGACAGCAAUGACAAAAGCAAUAGUUCCGUUACCAGCCAUGCAAAUGCUAAGAACACUGAUAUCAGCAAAGCCAACAACACCAGCAGUGUGCAGAGUGACAACAAAGAAAGCAAAAACAAUAUAGACACUAAAUCUAGUAACAACAACAGCAGAACAGGCAGCAACGGACAGAAGAGCAAAGGUACAAAUGGUAGCAGCAACAAAAAUAACCCAACCAGCACAAGCACAACUGAUGUCGAGUCCACCACCAGUGACUCUCCACCCAUCAAAAUGGAGGAGGCAUCUUCCCCUGCCUCAAAGUCUUCUUCUCCUGCUCCUGGCUCGCAGACACCUGUCAACGCAUUCCUGGACCCAAACUUCUAUAAGGGCAAGAAGUCGCAGGGGCAGCUCAACGCUCUCAAGGACAGUUUUCUGGUCUGCCAGUUUCCGGACCAGGAGGAGGUUGAUCGACUAAUCUCUCUGACCGGGCUGACUGUACGAGAAGUUCGCAAGUGGUUCAGCGACCGGCGCUACCACUUUCGCAACCUCAAAGGUUCACGCUCCAGUACGGGUGGACAGAGUAGUAAGUCUACAGCAGGAGCAGGGAGUGGUUCUAGUACGCCAGGGAGCGGUUCAUCUGGCUGUGCCCACCCUGUUGAUUUAUCUGAAAAUAGCAGCAGCUCUGGUGCAAAAACACCCCAGCACAGCUCUGCACCCGUUAGCCCAACAGCAUCACAGACUCCCACCUCUCCCACCACACCUUCCCGCCGACUCCCCAGACCCCCUUCUCCUGAUUUCACAGCUAUCCGCUACAAGGAGAGAGAACCGCAUCAGGUGAAAGCUCUUGAGGCCAGUUUUGCCCUGGACCCUGACCCGCCAGGAGAAGAAGUGGACAGACUACGAUGUGAGACCAAGAUGACGAGAAGGGAGAUCCACGGCUGGUUUGCUGACAGGAGGAAGAGAAUGGCUGCUGAGAAAAAGAAAGAGGAAGCAGAACGGACUUUGCGAGAGGAGGAUGAGGAGUUGGAGGUCGAUGGGGAAGAGAGAAAGAAAGAGGACAGUUCAGGAGAACUAAAAGUCAACCCUAUUAAAAUAAAUCUGAAGAUGCUGAAGGUAACAGAGGCCAAUGGGAAAGCAGAGGGUGAAGGGUUGGAUAGCCUCAAUUUACCACUUCAAUCCAGCAGCACAUCUACAUCCUCCCCAGGCCCCACCCCAUCCUCCACCUCUAAACCACCCCAGUCCUCCACCCCUAAACCACCCCAAUCCUCCACUCCAACACCCAAACAAUCCCACUCCCCUAAACCCACAGCCAUCCGAGGUAAGAAGACAGUGGAGCAGCUGCAAUUGCUCAAACAAGUCUAUGCCCGCACCCAGUGGCCCAGCGCUACUCAGUAUGAUGAACUCAUCACAGCUACGGGACUGCCCAGACCCGAGGUAGUGCGCUGGUUUGGGGACUGUCGUUACAUGCAGAAGAACAGCCAGCUCAAGUGGCUGGAGGAGCACCAGAACAUGGCUCUGGAAGAGGACCUCAAGAAGGGGAACUCCCAGAUCCUCCAGGCCCACCUCGACAGACACGGCAGGCUGGACGACUCUCAGUUGCAGGAGCUGGCUGAGGCCAGUGGUUUAUCAGCGGACUUGGUGCGACAUUGGUUCUCCACCAAGGCAUCUUUGCCCAAGAUGGAACAAACCGUUGCUGCUCAGGCGGCAGGACCAGUUGCAUCAGGUGCAGCAGCUGAAGCACGAACAACAGGAUCCUCCCCUCUGGAGCCGCAGCCAGGAGGAGGGACGGAGGAGAAAAUGGAGCAGUCGGUGUGCGGCGUCACAACGGAAGUGGAGGAGGUCAACGCUGACAAGACUGUGAAUCCUACUAAAGGAACUGACUGAAGAGGCCUUUUGUCGGAGGAUGUGAGUUCACAGCGCAGGUGGUCCUGGAUGGAAAGGCGGCAGAUGCGGUUGUAACAGGAUCACUGGAUGGAAAUGGACCUUGAAACUAUACUCCCCCAUCCCUCUCCCUCCUUCCCGUUCACACCCCAAGAGGUAGGGAUGACCUCCCCCUCCAACUGAAACGGACACUAAAGCCACUAUCGCCCCUUCUCGCUCUCAUUUUCCAUCUCCAUCCAUCCACUCUCUGACCUCCUCCUCCCAUUGUGUCCACCCCUGCACGGCACAGACCUUCUCCCGUCAGCCAUUUUCCCCUCAGAAGGAAGUUCCAGUGGAGUGUGUAGGGGUGAAGGAGGGGAGGGGCAGUGCCGUGUUUGUUCCACCUGCCUGCUAUGAUUGGAGAAAGGAAGGGCGAAAAAGGAGAGGAAGAAGGAGGAGGAAAGAAAAAAGGGGAGAAGAUGGAGAGCUCAGCAGUUGUUGAUGAGGAGUUGAUGGGGGUUUGGUUUGGACUUGUACUGACCGGACACCCUCAGGCCAGGUUCGGCUAAGAGUUCAGAAACUGCUCGUAGAUUGUUUUGGGGGUACGAAAACUGCACAGCUCUUUGCUACAGGGUGCUUGCCGAGGCCUUAAAGUCAACGAAACAACCCUUUUUUUGGUCAUCUUCAUGCUCCUUUUUUCCACCAACUUGCACUCAUACACUUUGACUUCAUGCUCGCAGCUUACUUUAAAUGUGCUAGCUCGGCUGUUCAGCAUCUUAUGUGAAACACAGCACUGAUGAUCUCUUUAGGUUUUUUGUUUGUUUUUUUUCUGCUCACUUUUUAUUUCUUAUCUGUACAUAAUGUUCAGUUCUGUCAUCCAAAGAAGGCAAGCACCCUGUUGUGUUUGAACAACAAAAGGUGACACAAUAUCGUAGACUAUAUGGAAUCUGGUUUGUGUUGUAGCAUCAAGUGCUUCUUUACGUCACUGACGUGUACGUGCAUCUUGUUUUUAUGGGACUUUCUAAGAAAUAAAUCUGACUGUAAAAGAACUGUGAACUUCCUGGAGUUCCAUACUUAGGCUUGAUGUAUAAUUUUUACAGAUGGUAUUUGCAGAAUAAACAGAAUGUAAUAAAUGUG